AUGCCCCAAGAAAUACAGCAGAAUACUACAACAAACAGAGGCAAUAGUAAUGGUAAGGAUAGUAAACCUACGACAACUUAUCUUGGUGUUUCGCAACCUAUCUCAAUUUCGGGACCGGAUGAGUUUGAUAUUGUAAUGUCGACAAAACUGGAUGAGUAUUUACAAGCAAAUGGUUAUUUUGAAACAGAAGAGGAAAUGAAUUUACGCCUUAAAGUGCUCAGCAAAAUCAAUGCCUAUGUAAAAAAAUGGGUUCGCGUCGUAUCUAAAAGAAGGCAGAUGCCUGAUUCAGAAAUUCAAAGCGUCGGUGGAAAAUUAUUUACCUUUGGAUCAUAUCGACUUAAUGUUCACACUAGAGGAGCUGAUAUUGAUUCACUUUGUGUAGCACCGAGACAUGUGGAUCGUAACGACUUCUUCACAAGUUUCUAUGAAAUGCUCGCUGAGGAUCCAAAUACGACAGAAUUACGCCAAGUGCAGGAAGCUUUCGUGCCUGUAAUUAAGCUAAAAUAUUAUGGUAUUGAAAUGGAUAUAUUAUUUGCUCGCCUUGCUCUGCCGAGAGUACCAGAAGAUCAGCAGUUGAACGAUGAUUCAUUAUUGAGAAAUUUAGAUGAGAAAAGUGUUCGUUCAUUAAAUGGUUGUCGCGUAGCUGAUGAAAUAUUACGAUUGGUUCCCAAUGUAUCGAAUUUUACAUACGCACUGAGAGCGAUUAAGCUUUGGGCGAAAAAUCAUGGCAUAUAUUCUAAUGUACUUGGCUAUCUGGGUGGUGUAUCAUGGGCAAUACUUGUUGCUCGAACAUGUCAGUUAUAUCCCAAUACCGGACCAGCAAGGCUUGUACAGAAAUUUUUCUUGCUGUACACAAAAUGGGAAUGGCCACAUCCAGUGGUCCUUAAGGAAACAGAAAUCUCACACGCACGUGAUAUGCCAUCUUUACAAGAACUUGUUUGGGAUCCGCGAUCGAGAAGUGGUGAUCGGUUUCAUCUCAUGCCAAUUGUGACACCAGCUUUCCCGCAGCAAAAUUCAACAUUCAAUGUAACGAAGUCGUCGCUAAAAAUCAUCAUGAAUGAAAUCGAGGAAGGUCUUGUUACUAUUAACGACAUAAUGAAAGGACAAGCUGAAUGGUCAGCAUUAUUUGAAGAAGUUAAUUUUUUCAGUCGUUACAAGCAUUUCCUAGCACUUCUUUGUUUGUCGGCAACAGAGCAAGAUGAAUUAGUGUGGUGUGGACUAGUUGAAUCUAAAAUCCGAUUUUUGAUCGCAAGUCUGGAACGACGUGAAAGUAUCAGGGUGUGCCACGUACAUACGAAAUAUUAUCAACCACGAACUGAUCCUUUUCCAGUUCAUGUUUCUCUCCAGAAUCCACGAUGUCGACUUUGGUUUAUUGGCUUAGAUUUAAAUAAAGCUGUGAGCAGAAAAAUCGACAUUCAACACGAAGUUCAAAAUUUUAUGGACCUUUUGAAUAGUAUGGCUACUACUCAAAAUAUAUAUGUUGAAGGAAUGAGUGUAAUACCACAUUAUCUUCGUAAAGCAGAACUUGUAAAAUGGUUGAAAAUGGAAGAUCUAACUAGAGGAAGGAAGGCACCAAAAAGGAGACGAAUUGCAACCGGUCAAAAUCAGCAGCCUACAGGUGCAUCACAAUGUAAGACAAAAAGUGAAACAUCAAGCAUCGCUUCUUGUAACUCUUCGGGGGCUGAAUCGCCUUCUACAUCAGUAUGUGGAACGGAAAUUAGUAAAAACAUGCAGAUUGAUUUAACAGUGCCAUCGACAACUUUAACAGCAAUAGACUCAGGUUGUGCAGAUGCAGUUCCUAAAGCAAUAGCUGGUUGUAGUGAUAGUCCUGUUAAUUCAAGUAUUAUGGUGGAAAGGAAGCCAUCGAAUGAUGCCAACAAAUUGGUCCUUAACAGCCAUUCGUCCAUAGAAGCAACUGAAAACCAAUCUCCUGCGGUGCAGCUUCUCGUAGAUGAUCGCCAGGAUUCGGUGAAUACUGACGAAACAAAUCGGCAAAAGAACAGGGGAAGAAAAAGAUCAGCGGAGAGGAGUACGGAGGAUGAUGAUACAGCACCAUCUCAACCUAAAAGGUGUUCACUCGUUGAAGCAAACCCUGUGUCUCCCAACAGAAUGGAAACGGAACAAAGUAGUAGAAGUUUGCUUGGUUCGGGUUUCAAUGGUGCUGCUGCUUGA